GUCCGCGCCGCGAUGGCUGUAGCGACGGCGGCGGCGGCCGGAGGCGGCGGCGGGAGGUGGCGGCGGCGGCGGAGGAGACGGCAGUAGCGGGGCGGCGGCGGGGCAGGCCGCGGAGGAGAAAGAAGAGGGGCGCGUAAGAUGGCGUCGCUGCGGGAGGGGGGCCGCUACGCCGUGUCCUGCGGGAAAGCGGCAGACAACGUCUCGGUGCUGCACGUCAAGCUGACCGAGACCGCCGUGCGGGCGCUGGAGAGCUACCAGAGCCGCAAGGAUCUUGUUCCUUCUCAACCUUCAAUUCAGUUCCAAGGACGCCAAGGGCUUAUUAAAAUUCCCAAAGUUGAUCACCCAAAUGAAUCGCAUACAUUUAACUUCUACUUGUCAAAUGUUGGCAAAGAUAACCCUCAGGGAAGCUUUGACUGUGUCCAGCAAACUGCCUCAAGUUCUGGAGCCUCACAACUGAGUAGCCUGGGACUUAUACAGAAUAAAAUUACAGUAUGUGCAACAAAUGAUUCCUAUCAGAUGACCAAAGAGCGCAUGACCCAAGCAGAAGAGGAAUUACGCAAUCGAAGUGCAAAGGUUAUUAAGCCUGGUGGACCAUAUUUAGGAAAAAGAGUACAGAUAAGAAAAGCACCACAAAGCAUUCCAGAUCCUGUGCCUGAAAGGAAGAGGUCAACACCCAUAAACCCAGCAAAUACAAUACGGAGGACUCAUGCAAACAACGCUGUUUCUCAGCGACCAUACAGAGACAGAGUGAUUCACUUACUGGCACUGAAGACCUACAAGAAACCAGAGUUACUUGCUCGUUUGCAGAGAGAUGGUGUCAACCUGAAGGACAGGAAUUCCCUUACAGCUGUCCUGCAGCAGGUAGCCAACUUGAAUCCCAAGGAUAAUUCUUAUACUCUGAAGGAUUAUUUAUAUAAAGACAUUCAGAAAGACUGGCCUGGAUACAAUGAAGUUGAUAAACAGACAUUGGAGUUAAUACUUUCUAGAAAAGUAAAUUCAUCUCAGAGUACCACCAGCACCAGUCAUUUGGGAUCUCCUGUAACUUCUAAUAAAGAUGCUCCAUCAGCUUCUCCUUCCCAGAAACGGCUUUCGGAUUUCAACUUCAUUGAUCCCCUGAUGAACAAGAAGCCGAGGAUCUCCCACCUCAGCAGUCGACUCCAGCCGUCCUUGAGCGGACACCCACCUGCCCCCAGCAAGAAGGCAGCCCCUGCCACUGCAGCACCCACCCCACCAUCCCUGCCUGCUGCCCACCCUCCUGCCUCCAAUCCGCCCCAGACUGCCAGCUCCAUCUCCCCCAACACACCUGAGGGGCGUGGGACGCAAGAUCUGCCUGUAGAUAGCAUCAGCCAAAGCGGCAGUAGCGUCUUCAAGCACCAGCAAGAAAAAUAUACCUCUCGGACUCCUUUGGAAACCCCAGCAGCUGCCGCUGGUAACUCGGAACAUCCCACGUUAGCAGGUGAGGAGGAUGUGGCAUUGUGCAAAAAGUCCACGAAGAAGGCCAAAAAGCAUAAGGAGAAGGACCAAAUCAAACAGCAGGACACUACAAGAGAGCAGAAAGAUGAAGGACUACUUGAAAGCAAAACGGACCUUAGAAAAGAAGAGGCUGCCACAAUGAAAAGCCCCUCUGGUUUGGCGUCAGAUGGAGGAGUUGAAAAAACGUGUACUGCCUCCACAGAAUCUCCUUCAUCAACAAAUGAACUACCAGACUACUUCAAAAAAUACAUAGCUAUAGUCUCGUAUGAGCAACGCCAGAGUUAUAAGGAUGACUUCAAUGCAGAGUAUGAUGAAUACAGGAAUUUGCAUGCUCGAAUGGAGAGUAUUACCAGAAAAUUCAUGAAGCUUGAUGAACAGCGAAAGCAGCUUUCUCCAGGGUCCAAGGAAUAUCAGAUGCUUCAUGAGGAAGUCCUAGAAGAGUAUCGAAAGAUACAACAGUCUAGUCCCAACUACCGUGAAGAGAAACACAGAUGUGAAUAUCUGCAUAACAAGCUGUCUCACAUUAAAAGACUUAUAGGUGAAUUUGACCAACAGCAAUCAGAGUUACGGCACUAGUUUUCUGCUUGGACCAGCACAUGUGAAUGAAUGGAAACUUAUUUAUUUAAAAUUCCAGAUGAGUUACUCUAAGAUUCUAAGAAAAUUGAACUUUUGCAUUACGAAAAUUUUUCAGUAUUAGUAUACUUGAGUUGACUACUUCUGUUGUUGAUGUUGUUUAUAUGCAUAUUUGAAGCUGCUUUCUCUGGUCCCUUUUUUUCUUCAAGACUUAUGUUUGUCCAUUUAAAUCAUUUUAUCAGUAGGUACUGGGACCCAGUACAUCUACUGUGAAGUUGUGCACAUUUUAAGGAAAUAGUGUAGCGAACUGAGAUACUUUUGGAUAAAUAUAAGGCUAUUUUUCUGACCUUUCUUGUUAAUGCAAACUCUUUGCCUUAAAUGGUAGAAGGUUUAGAAAUUUGCACAAAAAAAAAAAAAAAACCACAAAAAAACACAAAAAAAAAACAAAAAACAAAAACAUUGUUUUGGAGGGUUAAAAAGGUGUUGUAUAUAAGUCUAUAUACAGCCCGUCUUUGUUACUUAGAGAAACUCAUCACUGCAACUUAAACCCCCCAUCGCAAUGGUUGCCUUAAGGUGUUUGCUUGUGUGUAUUUAGUGUAGUUAAACUAUUAGCUACACUGCUUCCCGCCUUGCUGAAACACCUGGGAAGCACUACAUGGCCUACCGGUGUCUGACAGUGUGUGCCUGUUCUGUGUGUAUGCAAAAACGUGUGGGUGUGAGCAUGCAUGAUGAGGAGGGGAAAGGAAAAAGAAAAAAAAGCUGCUACUCCAACUACUCUAAGUAGGCCAGACAUCGCUCAGGUUAAAACAACUGACGAGUGUUGCUCUAGGUUUUUUUUCCUAUAAAAUUGCUACUUCUAUUGUGGAAGAUGAGAGCAUUUCCAUUUCAAUAGUUUGUCAGCUUUAUUAAUGUUGGUAAAAUUGAUACUUUACAAAAAAAUUAAACAGAUAUAUAGUUUUGGGGCAAGAUUAUAAAACUAAACAUGUAGGUUACCUAUUUAUAUACUGCUAUAAAGUAUUUUUUUGAAGAGAGUUAUGCAAAGAAGCUAUUGCCUACAUGAAAUGUAUAUUUAAAGAUUUCUGUCCUGGGUGCCAGGAGUAUAACAAAGAACAGAUGUAUUUAACUAUGAAAUACUGUGAUCACAAAACAGCACAAAUUUUCAUUUCAUGCAGUUUUUAUUUUAUUUUGAUUUAAAUCAUCGCUUGCUUUGUCAUGUGAAAACACGGGUUAUCUGGUCAGAAUAGAGCAAAAUCUUACUUUGUCUUACGUUCGUCUUUUCAAAAUGCAGUCAAUUGAAAAGGGAAGCACUAUGUUUACAAAUAUGAUUUUGGAAUGUUUGCCAAAAUAGUGGUAGUAUCUCUAAUAAACUUUAACUCCAGCAUUGAAAAAAAAAAAAACAGCCACCAACAAAAAAGAACAACAACAACAAACCUAAUCCAAACUGUUGUGCAUCCCUGUAAACCAGAAAAUGUUUGAAAAUAUGAAUUCAAGUAAAUGGCAAUUUGAAUUUUUGCCUUGAAUUUGUGGGUUCAGAUAUCUUGCAGUCACGAAGAUGAAAUAGCAUGCAGAGGCAUUCCUUUCUGUUGCAUGACUUGUAUGACAUAUUUGAGGCCAAGCUGACUCUGGAUCCCUUGGCUUAACCUCCACAUUUCAAAUGGCAAUGUGAAGGGAUGACCUCUUGCUGAGCAGUAAGAGCAGCAUUCGUCUGGGCUCAAACACUGAGGCACGCGCACAGCGCAGUCUAGGUCUCAGCGCAGGAGCUGUUAACUGUGCUGCAUCUGCAUUGGAUGGCUGGAUUUCAACCCAACUUUCAACAAAGUGUCUUCUCAGAUUAAAACAAUGGGAAGCUUCUUAUACUGGAAUCCGUUUUGGCAGGGCAGCGCUCUUCACCUAAACUGUUUGUACAGCUCUGACUUCAGCUGCCAUUGUGAGACGUUCAGUACUGGUAUACAGCUGUCCAAAUGUGUUGUUACCAUUUGUUGUACUACCACUCUGUAACUGAGAUUAGUGUAGUUAACAAAUUUUUCUCCUCCUUCUAUGUGAAAAGAUUGACUUGUAUUUUGCAUGCAUCUUCUGGUUUACUACCUGUGUAUCUGUUGCAGCUGGAGGUUAAUGCUACUUGAGAGGUCCACCACUGUGCAUCACCAUGAGAUCUGACAAGCUACUGUAAAGACCUUAAUUGAAGGUUUUGCUCAUUUGCAUCAAGCAUUUCUUAAGCCUUGCAAGUAUACCAAACAGCCUAUGUAAAUUUACGGCACUAUUUUGCAAUACGUAUCUCUUGUUGCCCUUGAGCUGCCAUUCCUGUUUGGCAGAUGUGGAAGAACCCACUGACUCUAGGCCUGUGACUUUAUUGCCCUGCCCCAUACAAGUGUCCUGCUUGCUCAGAGGAGCAAGCUCUGCAGAUGGCGGCAUGCUGGCUGGGGAUAUACACUACAACAGGUCUGGAGCAAAUGACUGAUGUAGAGGGGCAGAUGCUCCUUCUCCUGAAAGGAAGCUGGAUCUCACCACGGUUUCAAACAACAUUGAGACAUGAGGGGGCGUCAGCCCUCUCCAGCUGUCUGGAAAUAAAAAUCACAAGUUACGAGGACUGGUUUCCCAUCUUGUUAUGGUUUGUAGGGGGAAAACUAUGCCCAAAGAAAACUUUUUUUUGAAAUAGUAGCUAUGCUCUAAACCAUCACAGGAAGCAGAUCGCUGUUGACUGCUUCCAAGUCUUCAUUUGAUCUUGUCACUUAUUGAAAAGUAAAACUAUCUGAAAGCGUUUUGUAAAACAUGUAUGUAAGUAUCGUUUGGAAGCAGAGUUGCUUCAGUAAGUUUUAAACAAGUUGGGUUAAAGUGUUGAUAUUGUAACCUUGUUCAUUUGUUAGCUUUCCUUAAAUAGUGUUGUUACAACCAGUCUUUCUGGAUAUGUUAAUGUUGAUUCAUGUGAAGACUUAUGGCUACUUUAAACUGCAAUCCUUCUCACAAGUUUUGCUCUACUCCGUAUACCUGAAGGGAAAGGGAUGUGGCCAGCAGUUCCAUAGCCUUCUUCUGGGGAAGGAUAUGGAACUGUUGAAGGGAGAGCAGCAUCUGGGAAUCGCGAAGGCUUACAGCAGGGCUGUGGCUUCCCCUUUCUGAUUGGGAGAGUAUUGUAAAACUUUUUUCAAUUUUUCCGUGCAAACUGUAUUAAAACUCUGUGCGUGAAACAUCUUGGGGCAUUCUGUCAAUGAACAUUUGAGCCAUUGUUGCCCUUCUGUUCUGCAUCAACUUGACUUCAAUAAAAUGUUCACUUUGCAA